CUUCACCUGAAGAACUCGCGUUCACGUAUUUCAUCACACUUCUUACUUCCUUUCUACCAUCUUUAUUCAAUUCAUUAGGUCAACUUGAUUCAAUCAUUCAUCUGUUCAAGUACAAAUUUCUGAAUUGGAUUUAGCUAUAGUCCAGAUCCGUCUGGAUAUUUCUAGUUCAAUAAGCUAUCAUACUCUCAUUUCCGCUUCUAAAUCUUCAGAUUUCACUGAAAACGGACUUCGGAAGCUAGUUGAGGCGGUUCUGACGGUUCUGACGGUUAUUUUUCGAUUACGAAGAGCAGUUUUAUCGAUGGGAUUGACAAUAGGUCCAUUGUUGGGUGGAUUAACUUCAUCUGAUUACACUUCGGUGGUAUCGAUGAACAUAUUCGUGGCACUUCUUUGUGCAUGUAUUGUGAUUGGACACUUAUUGGAGGAGAGUUGGAUGAAUGAAUCAACUACAGCUCUAUUUAUUGGACUUUGUACAGGGACUGUCAUUUUGUUGACAAGUGGAGGAACGAAUUCACAUAUUUUGGUUUUCAGUGAAGAUUUGUUCUUCAUUUAUCUACUUCCACCUAUUAUUUUCAAUGCAGGGUUCCAGGUGAAGAAGAAGCAAUUUUUUCGCAACUUCGUGACUAUUUUACUGUUUGGCGCUAUUGGAACUUUGAUCUCCCUGGCCAUUGUCUCCUUUGGUGCUAUGAGUUUCUUCGAGAAAAUGAACAUUGGUACUUUAAACCUGGGAGAUUACUUAGCUAUUGGUGCUAUCUUUUCAGCCACAGAUUCAGUUUGCACCUUGCAGGUUCUUAACCAGGAUGAUACACCAUUUUUAUACAGUGUGGUGUUUGGAGAAGGGGUGGUAAAUGAUGCCACAUCCGUUGUACUGUUCAAUGCUAUUCAGAACUUUGACCUUUCACAUAUAGAUUCAAACACCUUCUUUCAAUUUGCUGGCAGCUUCUUUUAUUUGUUCCUUACGAGCACUUUGCUGGGAGUUGCUUCUGGAUUGCUUAGUGCAUAUAUCAUCAAAAAGCUAUAUUUUGGAAGGCAUUCUACUGAUCGUGAAGUUGCUCUUAUGAUGCUCAUGGCUUACUUUUCUUAUAUGCUAGCUGAAUUAUUUUAUUUAAGUGCCAUUCUCACUGUCUUCUUUUGCGGGAUUGUGAUGUCUCAUUAUACUUGGCACAAUGUCACUGAGAGUUCAAGAGUGACUACCAAGCAUGCUUUUGCGACACUCUCAUUUGUUUGCGAGACGUUCAUUUUCCUCUAUGUUGGGAUGGAUGCCCUUGACAUUGAGAAGUGGAGAUUAGUAUCUGACAGCCCUGGAACCUGGCUAAAAGUGAGCUCAAUUCUACUGGGACUGGUUUUACUUGGAAGAGCAGCUUUUGUUUUCCCAUUAUCGUUUUUAUCCAAUUUGACUAAGAAGUCUCCUCAUGAGAAGAUAAGUUUAAAACAGCAGGUUACUAUUUGGUGGGCCGGUCUGAUGAGAGGAGCUGUUUCUAUGGCUCUUGCUUAUAACCAGUUUACUCGAGCUGGUCAUACCGAAUUACGAGUGAAUGCAAUCAUGAUCACUUGUACCAUCACGGUUGUUCUUUUUAGCACAAUGGUAUUUGGCUUAUUAACAAAACCAUUAGUGAGAAUCUUACUGCCUUCACCAAAGCAUUUACUGAGAAUGAUCUCAUCUGAACCAACAACUCCAAAAUUCUUGUCAGAAUCCCUGCUUUUAGGGGUACAGGAUUCGGAACUUGAUUUGGGUAGUCAAAUUGCGAAUGAACGUGAUAUCGGGCGAAAUGUAUUUCGCCCGAACAGUUUAAGGAUGAUCUUAUCCACUCCACAUCGUAGUGUUCAUUACUAUUGGAGGAAAUUCGAUAACGGUUUCAUGCGACCUGUUUUUGGUGGUCGCGGUUUUGUUCCUUAUGUUCCUGGAUCACCCACUGAACGAAGCCUACAUCCUGAACCGGAACAAUAAGAUGGAAAAAGAUGUUGGUUGAUUGGUUUUAUCGUUAUAGUUGUUUGAUCUAUUGGUUUUAACAUUUGAGAAGUUUAUUUUUUUGUAAUCAUAUAUAGUAAUCAAUUGGUUUUGCUUAAAACAAACAAAUUUUCAUUUAUUUAUUAUAUUGUUUGUAUAACAAGUUUGUGUAUGGUUUCUUUUAUAAUAGAAGAUUGGUAAAAAAGAAAAUGUAUUU